AUCCAACUUGAAGUGAUAACAGCAGUCCUCCUUGUAAUAAGGACGGGACUCGUACUCAGACACUGGUGACUCGUCAGACUCUACCAGGACUCUAGGACUUGAACACUGAGGACUUGAACACAGUCGUGUUUGUGGUCCCCCCACCGCCCCACCCCCCAACACACACGCACGCUCGCGCACACACAUACACACACGCGCGCUCCAUAUAAGCAUUCCUACAGGGGUCGCUAUCGUCCGUGUGCAGCAGCAGGUGGAGCAGUGACAGAGUCUCCAGCUCUUGUGUUCAUCAGCAGCGGUCAGACUGGGAUUUCUUCCUCCGCUCGGCUUCACUUUCAGCGCUUUCUCUUCUGGAAAUUAACCGCUGGAGACGGAGCUUUGUCGGGAAGAGCAAGGAGCUUACCCACUCGAUGAAAGGACGCCAUGCUUUCCUUCUGGAUACACACCGUGUGGAUCCCCGGCGUCGCUUUCCUCUUUGGAUUUCAAGGAUUCCCCGUCCGGAGUGUGGAUAUGCAGCGGGCAACCGACAACAUCACCAUCCGCCAGGGCGACACAGCGAUUAUAAGGUGUUAUGUUGAUGACAAAGUGUCCAAGGUAGCCUGGCUCAAUCGAUCCAACAUCAUCUUUGCCGGCCAAGACAAGUGGUCCCUGGACCCAAGAGUAGAUCUGGUCACUAAAGGACAGCUGGAGUACAGCCUGCGCAUACAAAAGGUGGAUGUGUAUGAUGAGGGGUCAUACACCUGCUCCAUACAGACGAAGCAGCAGCCCAAGACUUCGCAGGUCUACCUCAUUGUACAAGUUCCAGCCAACAUCUACAAGGUGUCAGAAGACAUCAUAGUGAAUGAAGGCAGUAACGUGACGCUCAGCUGUUUGGCCAGCGGCAGGCCGGAUCCUGCAAUCACCUGGCGGCUGCUCAACCCUUCAGCAGAGCCAUUGGAUGGAGAAGAGUACCUGGACAUUAUAGGCAUCAUGCGAAACCAAGCGGGUCGAUAUGAAUGCAAGGCCAGCAAUGACGUCGCCACGCCUGACGUCAAAUAUGUCAACGUGGUUGUCAACUACCCUCCUACAAUAAAGAAAACCCAGAGCUCAGAGACUCAGGUGGGCCGCAUGGGGACACUGCAGUGUGACGCAACCGCAGUGCCCACACCGGAGUUUGAGUGGUACAGAGAUGAAAAAAGGCUGUCCAACACCCAGGGCAUCAAUAUCCAAAUCCUUGGCACGACCACUAUUCUCAUGAUUGCCAACGUCACUGAAGAGGAUUAUGGGAACUAUACAUGUGUGGCCUCCAACCGACUGGGGGUCCAGAAUGCCAGUCUUUUCCUCUACAGACCCGGGACAGGUCGAGAUAUCAACGGCUCUGCCUGUGUAUCUCAAUCACUGUGGCUGCUGCUGGCCUGCUUCGCCUGCCUUUUCCUCAAGUGUUAAUACCGCUGUCCUCCUCUUCUCCCUCCUGGCCUUCCUUCCUUCCUUCUUCUUCUCCUUGUCCUCCUCUCCAACUCACCGACAUCCUUACUGCUACCUUAUUACCAACUUUUACCGCCCCGCAGACUGUUUGCAUCAUGAUACGAAAAACCUUGAUGUGCUCUCCAGCACUGCUAACAGAUAUUACAAAGAGUGAUGGUUUAUGCUUAAAAUGUUCAAAGAACAACAUGAAAACAGUGAAAUGAAGGACAGAAAAAGCAAACAGUGCUCUCUCUUUUUAUUUUAUAUGCACUUAUUUUUGUUUUAUCUUGACUUUGGGGUCAGGAUUGGGGUUAGGAUUUGUUCUAUUUUGUCUUCAAGGGAAUGAAAGCAGAUAAUCAUUUGUCUCUAGAUGUACUGAAGACAUGAAUAUAUUUCUUCCUACUCCUAUAGAUGCAUUAUGUUAACUUAAAUUGUAGAUUUAACUGAGUGUUUAACCAGUGCAUUAAUGAACAACAUGCAAAGUAUCUGCCAAAUAUUAUCGAUCUGAAACUAACACAUGCAGAGAUUAAAGGGAAAUACUGCAGGUGAUUCUGUUGAGAUGAAAGCUUGACAUUAAAGUCUGUACUCCUAUAAUAUGACACCAUAGACACAGACCAAGAUAAACAGCAUUAGCCAGACAUCUUCCCAAUCAAUGACUUUGUUUGUAGACACAGCAGUCAUUUGGUUUGCUGCAGAGAUCGAGGAUGCAGUGAAUAGAUUUGACUUGAUCCUAAUGAGCUAAACCGCGCAGUGUACAAACCUGAGGAAAUAAGUCACUACAUCUUCAUCUGGUGGCUUUGCAACCACUCGCCUUUAUUCCAAAAGAAUCCCUCUUUCCUUUUUUGCAACAGGAAAAGAAAACACAGUAGGUUACAACAAUGCGUACUGUACAUAGUAAAAUUUUGUAUUUCUCCAUGAUAAGACAUGGUUCCACGCCUGUAACAACAGGACACAAAGAAAAUUGUUGCAGCUGCAUCGCAACUAGCUCCAUAAACUGAACAACAUGCAGUGUUUGCUUUUGAGUUUUAGGAUCAUUCUUCUAUACUGCUGGAAUUUGGAUAAAAAAAAAUGUAUGACACCAAUGAAUGACUUACUUUUUCUCUUUCAAAGACGUGUGCGUGUUUUAAUAUGAAACGAUACAGAAAAAGUCAUAAUAUAUUGAUAUUGAGGUUAUUAUUUUUUUCUGUCUUUACCUCAUUCAUUUUAGUUGUGUGUAUAUAUAUACUUGAAUCCAAUGUCCUUAUAUUAUAUGAAAAGACAAAUUUUAUGUGUCCAUGUUCCUGAGUAGGGUAGCGAUUUGCUGAAGGCGAAUAACUUGUAGACCCUGCUCUAUCAUGUGAAAUGAAGCCCGUUAGACAAAUGUGUUUUUUGAAAAAAAAAAAAAGUUAGCUUAAAAAGAAGAUAGUUUUGUGCAGUUAUUAUUGUACUUAUCCUUGGGAUGACACAAGUGCCGGUUUACAUGACGUUAAAGGGAAUGGAAUUCUAUGUUCAGCUUGCUACUUCAUAAAAGAGGAACUCCAGAAAGCAGAAAACAAAUGAAUACUGAAUGCUUUUCUCCCCACUGUACUGAUGGGCCUCUUUAACAAAAUAAUACCAUUAUACGACAUUCUCCCAUCACACCUCACUAACACUCACUCUGAUUCAUUUAUUUCUUACUGAACGGCAUGGAGACAACAUGAGUGGAUAUUUUGUAUAACUCUGGAUAGAAAGAUUUUUCAAACAGUGCAGUUCUUUAGGAAACAGCUGUUUGCAAUGAAGAUAGCUGAAACUGGUGCACUAUUAGCUGCCUUUUUGCCAUUUAUUUUGACCUACUGUAAGGUGACUAAUAGCAUAUGGACUCUAGUGCCCAGAUCAGCUCCCUGUUCAUGUCUCUGCUCUUCUAACAAUCAAGCCGAGAUAGUACAAGUACUGUAAAACACACGUGUAAGUAAUGUCAUCCUUGUCAUGCAUUAAAGACAUUGUUCCCUGUGUUUUUAUUGUAAAUGCUUCUAACGACAUGGCUGUGUGACUUUAUAGUGUUGUUAUGCCAUCCAAACCAGUCUAUUUUUCAUGUGGGUUGAUGAGUAGAAGUAGAGCUGUACAGAGGGUCAAAUCUAAACGAAAAUUGGAGCACUUCAAGAGGUAAAAACACAGUAAUCAACAUAAUUAGUCAAACCUAAAACAGCGGUUAGCAGUCCAGUUUUUCAGUGGGAGGAAGGGAAUAGAAGGUUGCUUUUUUAUGCUUUCAUCAUCUUCAACUUUUUGUUUUAGUUAUAUAUUUUUCUCCAACUGAACAGCUUUGGUUUUACCACUGUUAACUUGGAUUAACAAGUCUCCUGAUGUUUUCUACUACAUUGGUACUGCUGCAUUCUCUCUGAAUUCAUUUUAGCCUCCGGCUAACGAGAGUGCUAAUUAAACGGCAGCAAUUUUCUUCCUACUGUAGUACGAAGUGAAUGAUGUGGAAGCUUUCGUAAAAUAGCUCCUCGUGAUCAGUCUGCAUGAGAGUGACCUGUGCUACAUGUCGAUUUCAGUGAGUCUGUCUGUCUCUUAUGUGUUGCAUUAAAAAAACCUCAGGGCAGAGCGAGGCUGGCCUUGGGCACACUCAAACUAAAAAAAAAAAGUGUUCUCCUUUUGUUUGUUUUUUCUGGAGGAGACCCUGGCAGACUACCAGAGAAGGGUCUCUAAACUGAGCCCAGUGUUUGUUUUAACCUGCUUGGAAUGCAUGAUGGAUAGACUUCUUGCAAAUCCAAUUUCAAGGGAGGAAGCUGUUCAUUUACAAAACAAAACUCAAAACGAAGCAAGUUGUUUUUGCUUAUCACUUGUGUUGAAUAUCUCAUUAGACUUAAAAUAGGCUAAAAUGUCUCAUUUCAAGAUUUUACGAACAAAAACGAAGACCUGAAUUGCUUGUAACGAGUAAAAUAACCUGCCAUUGGGGCAAACAAUACAAGCUUAUUGGGUCACAGCUUUGCUUGAAAUAUCAGAAAAUAGGUAAUGAUCUCAUCUCGUCACGUGAAUGUGGCUGACAUUAAGUUAAACCACAUAUUUAUUUUCUACAACUAAGACUAAAACACUUGCUCAGUUUUUAGUUUUCGUAGUGUAACCCACUUCAUAGUUUUAUCCACUGACUUGAUGUUAAUGUGGACGGUGCACAUCCUUCUCCCCUCAAUGAAAAGUGACGCCAAAAUACCCCCUCAAAGGGAGUUGACAUAUUGCGCUGGUAGCGUAUUUUGGAGCCAGGGUAAGAAGUUGCUGGGCUGGCAUUAGUCCCCUUAUGUUGACCAAAUCACGCAUUUAACUUUCAGAUAAAACAUUAAAGAUCACUCAGAUCUCAGGUGGGUAAAGUCCUCUGCAGAACAGAUUCCUGGGUCGAUUUCAAGUAGACACUCGUGGGUAUAGACAAUUGAACAACCUUUGUGUUCAUGUUUGUUAUAUUUUAUUUUUGCUCUCUUCCUUCCCAGGAAGGCUGCAGUAGCCACAUUUGUCAACAGAGCUGUCGAUCAUAAGGUCACAUCUUUUUAAUAUCAAAUAACAAAUUCAGGCUAUACUUUUCGUACCAUUAACACUUACACAUAAAACAGCAUGGAACUAAUUGCUAUGACAGAUGCAUGUUUGUGAAGGGUUUAUUGGACAUUUCUAUUGUAUUGAUCCAUUUGUUAGAAUGGAAGAGGCAGGCUUUACUGCCUCUACUGCAGCCAGUCAUCAGGGGAAGCUCUUUAAAUAUUUGCCUCACUUUUCUUUGGGAGAGCUUUUGUGCCGUCCUUGUUCUUUUAUACAGUCUGUGCCUGAAACUAUGACCAGGCAAGUUAAAUCUAGGGAAACCCCUUUGAAAGUGGAUGUCGAAGUGUGUCCUUGCAGGUUAAAAGCAGCAAAAGAAGCACUAACUGAUACUAAGAACACUUCUGUAAAAGCCAUGCAGCUCUGUCUUAUCCACAAAGCAGAAAGUAAUAAAGGAAAACUGACCUUCCAUUGCUCCUAAAAACCAACAGCCAGCCUAUGGAAACAACACCAAUCCUGUAGACAGACCUGGAUAUCUACUGAAGACUGUAGAUACAGCUUUCUAGUUUACUAUUGAGCAUUGCCUCAAAACAUCACCAUUGCUUCACUGUUGGCUUACAUAUGUGCGUGUGUGUACUGAUUCUGUUCAUUUAUAUUAACCUACCUGAGAAGUUAACAUGGGGCAUGAGAUACAUGACGACUUUGACGAGUUUCUGUUGAACUACGGUUACAGAGGUAACCCUCUUCUUUGAGUUCAGUUUUUUUCCUCCUCUGUGUAUAUACAGUAUGAUGUUUCUAAAGUAGAAUGUUGUAAAGUCAGCAUCUCCAUAAGAUCAUGUUUAUACAACUCAACAUUUAAAACUUUAAACGGCAAAUGUAACUAUCACGUUUGUACUUCCCUUCCCUCUGUCAUGGGGAAUACAGAUUCUAUCAUGGAUGAUGACACAACAAUGUCCUGUGUCUUUUUGUUUUCUAUUUUACUUUUCUUUAUUAUGGCAUAAGGUGAUUGCAGUCAGUUUCUAAAAAAUGAUAUGUAAUAAAGGUAUAUGAGAAAAUGUUCAUAACACAAAAUAAAGUUGUUUGAAUUCAG